AUGGUCAGAUACAAAACAGCGAAGGACCUUAUACUUUCAAAUAUUGUUAGAUAUAUAACUGAAGGGUGGCCAAUCAAAUGUGACAAUAUUGAAUACAAGCCGUACUUUAACCGGAAAGACAGCAUAAAUAUAGUCGAAGGUUGUUUAAUGUUCGGUCGACGAAUUAUAAUACCAACAAUUUUCCAAAGGCGUAUACUUAAAGAAAUUCAUCGUGGUCAUCCAGGAAUACAGUAUACUAAAGCCAUUGCGCGCAACUACGUGUAUUGGUCGAACAUCGACGCUGACAUUGAAAAUAUGGUCAAAACCUGUCCGAACUGCAUCGCAGCGGCCAAAAUGCCAACGAAGACGAGUUUACAUCCCUGGCCAAAGCCUUCCGGACCAUGGGAGCGACUUCAUAUUGAUUAUGCUGGUCCAAUUGAUUCGUAUUAUUAUCUUGUAGUUAUCGACGCGUUUUCAAAAUGGCUAGAAGUAAUUCGAACAAAAUCGAUUACAACAGCGCUAACGAUUUUUAGUUUGAAUGAAAUUUUUGCUAGAUUUGGAUUGCCGAAAACAAUAGUAUCUGAUAAUGGCACUCAAUUUACCAGUCACCAAUUCCAGCAAUUUGUAGCAGAGCACGGCAUUCAACACAUUCGCAGCAGUCCUUACCAUCCCAUGUCCAACGGUCAAGCUGAGAGAAUUGUGGAUACAUUCAAACGGGCACUAAAAAAGUUGAACGGAGAGGGGGUAUCUGCACAAAAUCUUAUAGUAUUUUUACAAGUUUACAGAUCCACACCAAAUAAGCAGAACGAAGAAAACAAAUCACCGGCCGAAGUGUUACUCGGAAGACAGACACGACUAAAACUCGAUUUGCUUAAGCCAACUUUUUCUACUGAGCCUGCAAUUUAUAGCGAUAAACAACUUAAAAUGAAAAAUCAGUUUAAUAGAAAGCACGGUGUUAAGCAAAAGCAUUAUGAGAUCCAAGACGUUGUUUUUAUAAGCGUGCACAAAAGCAAAGACAGUUUCAAAUGGAUGAAAGGAACGGUGGCUGAACGCAUGGGGAAAGUUUUGUACAACAUACGAUUGCAGAUGGGUAAGAUUAUUCGAUGUCACGCGAAUCAAAUGCGAAAAUGUUUUGAAGGAAGCUCAUCAGUGAUGGAAAACGAAGCUGUAUGCAAUGACAAAAGACUGGCGGAAGCGUUUCAAUUAUAUGAAAUCGCACCACAGCAUGCUUUAAACCAUAAUCCUACACCAGCUAAUAAUCCAAACGAGGCGUUGGAACAGUUGGAACAGUUACCAUUACCAUCACAAUCUGAGAUUGGAGCAACUAACAAUGGACAGUCACGCGAUAAUGAUAUGCAAAGCAUGGGGACUGGAAACCAAACCACAUCAGUGCAACCGUACGUACGACCGCAACGUAUUCGUAAACCAGUUGACCGUUUUAAACCAACUUGA